AUGGCGAGCAGACGGCGCCACAUCAAAGUCUGUUUUCUGGAUGAUGAAGACGAGCGCUGGGACCAAGUAGGUACCAGAAACGUCUCAUGGGCUUCCACUGAGGUGGUCGAGGUGCCUGACUGUGAACUCAAUGGGCUUGAACAAAUUGCUGCUUUAGUUACGUCGGUUCUCCCCUCGCCUAUCGGCAAGGAAAGACUGGCUCCAGUCCUGGAAAAUGAGGACUAUAUUAAAAAACUAUUGCAGCUGUUCCACACUUGUGAAAAUCUAGAGAACACUGAAGGCUUACACCAUUUACAUAAAAUUAUUAAAGGAAUGUUAUUCUUCAACAGCUUAUCUCUGUUUAAGAUCAUAUUUUCUGAUGAGUAUAUCAUGGAUGUGAUUGGAUGCCUUGAAUACGAUCCUGCUUUGGCUCAGCCAAAACGGCAUAGGGAAUUCUUGAGCCAAACUGCAAAGUUCAAGGAAAUUAUACCAAUAACAGACUCUGAACUUAAGCAAAAAAUACAUCAGACGUACAGAGUACAGUACAUAUAUGACGUUUUUGUGCCUCAACCACCCAUAUCUGCAGAUAAUCUUUCUACUCUUAAACAUUUUAUUUUCCUCAACAAGGUUGAGAUAGUCAGCAUGCUGCAGCGAGAUCGCAAGUGCUUGUCUGAAGUGUUGGCAAAUUUAAAUGAUAAGACUCUAGAUGAUGACAAACGGCGUGAGUUGGCCUUUUUUCUCAAGGAAUUCUGUGCAUUUUCUAAGGUAUUAGAGCCUCAAAAAAAGGAAGAGCUAUUCCAAAUGCUGACACAAUUGGAAAUUCUUCCUGCUCUUAAAAUCAUAAUGAGUGCUGAUGAUUUGUUAAUAAGAUCAGCUGCUACAGAUAUAUUUACUUAUCUAGUUGAGUACAGUUCAUCCAUGAUCCGAGAACUUGUAAUGGAGGAAGCAGAGAAGAUGGAAGAUGAUGACCUUUUCAUUAAUGUAGUAAUUAAACAAAUGAUCUGUGAUACUGAUCCUGAACUAGGAGGUGCUCUGCACUUGAUGGGAUGUCUUCGUACUUUGCUUGAUCUCAACAACAUGCUGUCAGUAUCUAAUAAAGUAAGAUGUGAUUUUCUGAGUUUCUUCUAUAAACAUUGUAUGCAUAACUUCAUAGCACCACUUUUGGCCACUACUUCAGAAGACAAACAUGAAGGAGAUAAUAUUUUGAUGAAUUCAAAGCACACUUUCCUGGUCUUGUGUGCUGUUCGCUUUAUGAGAAGGAUGAUUGGACUUAAAGAUAGAUUUUAUAAUAGUUACAUCAUCAAGGGAAAUCUUUUUGACCCAGUUGUAAAUGCUUUUCUGCAUAAUGGAACCAGGUACAAUAUGUUGAAUUCAGCUAUUAUUGAGAUGUUUGAAUACAUAAGAGUGGAAAAUAUCCAUUCUCUUAUUGCACACAUAGUCGAAAAGUUUUAUAAGGCAUUUGAAUCCAUUGAAUAUGUUCAGACCUUCAAAGGAUUGAAGAUUAAAUAUGACCAUCAGAAAGACAAAGGAAGUCAAAUACAGAAUUACUUACAUUCCAUACCAUAUAGUAAAAUACCUCACGGAGAUGCCAAAGUCUCAGAGCUAAAGGAAGAAAUGUAUUUUAAAGAAGAUAUGGGAGUAACAGUCAUGCCAUCUUUGGAAAAUAACUUUCCAGAUUAUUAUGAUCAACUUACGGAAACUAAAAGAACAAAAGAAAAUUGGAACAAGGUAGACCUUCUCAAAAGAACAUCAUCUGGUGACUUAAAAGUUUUUUCAUCUCCUUCUGCUGGUGUUGCUAAUGGAACAAGGAGCCCAAACAGUGAAGGUGAAGAAGAAGAUAAAGAAGAAGAAACAUCCCCCAGGAAAAGACCUUAUCUUAGCAAGUAA